AAAUUUUGCAAUUUAAAAUGCCACAAGUACUUUAAAAUUGAUAGAAAAUCUUUUAAUUUAAGAAAAGUAUUACAAAUAGUUUGAAAUCUAACAAAGUUACGUAAAAAGUAUUCCGCAUACCUGUGCUGACAUACCACACCCCAUUCUGAAAACGCGGGAGGAAAAGUGGGGAAAAAACAUACAUAAGUGGAAAUAAACAUAAACUGUUUCACCUCUUCCUGCGAUGUGUGGACGUUUGGCAUGCACACUGAACAAGCAAGGACUGCGAAGGUCCUGCGCCCUCGCCAGGCAAAAGUGCCACAAGAAGAAAACCUGUAAAGAAGAGCCUCAUCAGGACGUCGUAGAUCACAAACAGUCGCCCAAUAAACACCAGGACAAAAUAAAGACAGAACCUGUUGCUGAUGAUGAGAAAGAAUUAACCUCUGAAGAUGAGGAGCCUGAGUGGGUUGACUCGGAAGUUGAGAGUCUUGAAUAUAAAAUUAACCACAACUUGUCACCCACCCAGACUGUCCCGUGUCUUUUGAAACAAGAUGGGCAGGUCGUCAUUACCCCGAUGCUGUGGGGUUUCAUUCCCAUUGGCCAUAAAGGAACGGCAACCGAUCAUGGCUUAUCCACUUUCAACGCGCGCUGCGAAGGAGUCCUGAAGUCUCCCUUGUUCAGACAUGCCUUCAAGACUGGAAAGAGAUGUGCCGUCCUCUGCACUGGAUUCUACGAGUGGAAAACCAUCGAUGGUAAAAAGCAGCCCUUCUUCUUUCAUCUUCCGCAGGAGCAUGGAGUCCUUGUUGAUGAGCCAUGCAAAGACGAAGAGGGCAAAGAUUAUCACGGACCUCGAGUGACCCCACUGGCUGGGAUCUACCACCAUUGGGUCAACGCCAAAGGGGAAAAAGUGCCAAAUGUCACCAUCAUAACCAUGAAUGCUGGUAAAUGGGUUUCUUGGUGUCACAACAGAAUGCCUGUCGUACUAGAUACUCCUGAGAAAUUAAAUAACUGGAUAGACUUUGACAGAGUGGAUGCAGAAGAAGCUGAGAAAAUGUUUGUGGAGCCGCAGGUUAUCAACUGGUAUCCUGUCAAAAAGGAUUUUUACUCCGCAAAACCAGAUCAUCCUUUGAAACCUAUCAGAGUCGGAACCUCAAUGCUUGUACCAGAGUUCUUGACCGAAUGGGACAAGCAUGACCCAGCCAAACUUGUUGAACCUCCUGAGCCUGGAAGUCACAAGACGUCAGUAAAAAGAGCUAGCAGCCCUUUGAAGGACAGCCCGUCAAAGAAGCAAGCCACUCUUUCUAAAUGGUUUGGCAAAAAGGAAGCAAAGUAAAUAGGGAUGGUUGCUAAAUUACAACUAAAAACUACCUCGAUCACUUUGAUUAAAUGCUUUACAAGAUUUCAUGUACAAUUUUUAUUUUUAAAUAUAGAAACAAUAAUUUAAAAUGC